AUGAGUACUGCUUUACUAAGCUUUGCUUCGGUUUUAGUACUCGUGCAUUUGGCAAGCAGUUCGGCUGUGGAUCCAACCAUAGGCUUUGUUGAACUCCCAUUGAACGCAUCUAACUUUCAUAAUGACAAGCCCUACGACUUACCUGUAAGCGACCGCUACAGCUUUGUGGAUGGAGUCCACAAGCUCUGGGUUUACUCCACGGACGAACCUUUGUUCAAAAAUAGCACCACCAAGCCCCGAUCUGAGAUCCGCAUAAAAGGAUAUGAUUAUUCUUCUGGUGUAUGGCAAUUCGAAGGCUAUGGCUACGUGCCAACGGGAACCACUGGUGUUUGCAUCAUGCAAGUGUUUGGGGCAACUCCGCCUCGAGCCACAACCCUAAUGCUGAGAGUCUACAAUGGCUCACUCUAUUACUACAGGGCAGGUCCAGUUGUGUUAGAGAACAUCUACGAAAAAUGGUUCCGGCUUAAUGUAAUUCAUGAUGUGAAUGCUUCGAAAUUACAGGUUUAUAUCAAUGGUGUCCUAAAGCUGGAGCCUACUGGCCACGGAGGCAAAAACCAUUACUUUAAAUUUGGGGUUUAUUCACAAAAUGAUUCAUCUUACUAUAUGGAAUCCCGUUGGAAGUGCAUCCAGGUUCUGAGAAAGACAUCUACGCCCCAAAUUGAGAAUGGCCAAGGUGGUGCCAAAAUAUGUAAAGCAGAUAGCGAAGCACGGAUCUUAUCAGCAUAUAUCUGA